AUGUCGUCGCAAGCCUCCAAAGUCCGGUUCGCCGUUAUCGGAGCCGGGUUAAUUGGCCCACGCCACGCAAGAACAGUCGCACAGAGUGCAGACGCGAUUUUGGUCGCCAUUGUUGAUCCAGCGCCAUCUGGACACGAUUUGGCCUCAGAGUUGAACGUAGCUCACUAUGCCUCCGUUGACGAGCUUCUGCAGUCCCCUGAUUCCCCCGAGGCUGCAAUCGUCUGCACACCGAACCACACGCACGUCCAAGUCUCCAAACGGUUAUCGUCAAGUGGAGUACAUGUGUUGGUCGAGAAGCCAGUCAGUUCUGAUAUUGCAACCGGGCUUGAGCUUGUAGAGCAUCUUCGAACAGCCGGCGUAAAGGCACUUGUCGGACAUCAUCGGCGAUUCAACCCGGUUAUCGAAAGUGUUGCGAAGACCCUCAGUGAGGAAUCGCUAGGCAAGGUCAUCGCCAUCAACGGUGUUUGGACACUUUACAAACCGAGCGAGUACUUCGAGGCUCCCACCGCUUGGAGACAGGGCAAAGAUGGAGGUGUCAUCCUGAUCAACAUGAUUCAUGAAGUUGAUAUCCUUCACUAUCUCCUUGGACCGAUCGUCAGGGUUUAUGCGGAAAAGACUAUGUCGGAAAGAGGGCACGAGGCAGAAGAAGGAGCCGCUCUUACACUACGUUUCAAAUCGGGUGUCGUUGGAACCUUCCUCAUCUCGGACAAUGUGCCGUCACCUUACAACUUUGAAGCUGGCACAGGCGAGAAUCCUCUGAUCCCAAAGACCGGACAGCCGUUUUACACCAUCUUUGGCACCAACGGCACCCUCAGCGUGCCGGAUAUGGGGAUUUGGUCCUAUCGGGAUACGAAGAAAUCAUGGCAUUCGACUAUGACGCGAGACGAAAAGCCAUGUUCCGAUGAAGUUCCAUUCGAGCAGCAGCUGCGUCACUUCUGCAGAGUUAUCCGCCAAGACGAGCUUCCGAGGUGCUCAGUACAGGCUGGUCUAGCUGCGUUGGUUGUUUGCCAAGCCAUCAAAGAGUCGCUGGAGACAAACACACCGGUUGAUAUUGAUAACUAUGAACUGUGA